CAUGUACACUAAAAACCUUUUGUAAAAUGUAGAUUAUCUCCCCUCCAUAACAGAUAAGCGAUCCAUGCAAACGAAGCAUAUUUACUAUUAAAAUAAUAUCGAAGCAAAACAUACAGUCAGAAAAAAGCAAACCUAAUUGUAAUAAAUCUUUUGUAAGAAUUUGUCCCUGUGGAUACUUGUAAAAGAAAAAAAUUAAUGAGUCAGAAUUAUUAUCAUAGGUCAGAUGUAUGAAAGGCAAUAAUACCCUGUGCUCUAAGGAAGCAAAUUGAAUUAUUAUAAUCCGUAAGCUAUAUAAGAUUAUUUUGAGUCAAUUUCCCUUCGACGGCAAAACAUUGUAUAAAAUAAAAAUAACUGGCAGAUUCACAGCACUGUAUGCAGCAUGUCUUCAUAUAUAAAUAUGUGGGUCAGGUUGUCAACAUGGUGCUGCAGCUGUUACUCGGCUGCAAUAAAUAACAUAGCGAUUCUAGUCCAAAAGAUUGAUUUUAAUAUAAAUGCUUCACUUAUAGUUGCUGGUGCACUAUUUUUAUGAAGCAGGGAAAGAUACUUUCAGGUGGCAGAUGCUGAAAGGAAGAGUUAAGCUGCUAGAGUGCUGUUUAUCACCAAUCAGAUAAGUUACUCUGCCAUGUCCUUGGUCUCUGCUACAUCUCAGCAUUCUCCCCAGUAUCACUGGAGAAGCAGCUAGCCAAAGAGUCAGCGCAAUGGUGUCCCAAGCCGGAGGCCUACGUACAGAUUUGAGUUUGGUUUGAUUCUCAACAAUGGUCCGGCCACAGAAUGAUGUCCUUCAUGUCUAAAAAGAAGAAGUUCAAGUUCCAUGUUCACUUGGAGCUUGAUGAAUUGGCCUCUGUACCCUUCGUCACUGGUGUACUAUUUUGCAAAGUGCGGCUUCAUGAUGGGGGCAGCUACACUGACUUCUCUCCCAGGGAGGAGGUGAGUAACAAUUGUGUCCGGUGGGGAGCCGAGUUCAACUUCCCCUGCAAGAUGACUGCCAACGCCAACACCGGCGUCCUUGACCCCUGUGUGUGCAGAAUCUCCGUGAGGAAGGAGAUGAAAGGCGGGCGUUCCCACCAAAAGCUGGGCUUUGUGGAUUUGAACCUGGCACACUACGCCGGCUCGGGCAGGCAGACGCGGCGCUAUUUGCUGGAAGGCUACGACGCCAAACACAGGCAGGACAACUCUAACGUCAAGAUCAACGUGGAGUUGUCUCUCAUUGCUGGGGAUCCUGUCUUCAAAGUGCCUUCAUCCUUCUCACUGUCACAGCAGAGUGACUCCAUGGUGUCUGGACUGGGGGCAGAAGGGGGGGAGAGAGCCCUCAGUGACGACAGGAGCGAGUGCAGCAUGGCCUCCAACAGCAGCAGCGGCUUCAGCAGCCUGACGCGCAAGGGCAAGCUGGACUGCCAAGCUCCAGAGAACAUUCUGACGGAAAGUGAGCCUGGAGAAAGGGAUGCAACCCUGAGUUACCAUUGUCAACCUUCAUACACAAAUGCUAUGAUGGAUGUGGAUGUUGCUGCUGCUGCUGAUGAUGACUCGAAGUUUGGUCAUUCACGGAACGCCAGCUACACAAGUCAGCAGUCGCGGGGCUCUGGGUAUGCCUCUCUCUCGCACAGUCGUCAGUCUAGUGUGUCAAAUGAAACUAGUGGACACAUUCGGACACCAAGUCUUGGCAGCACAUUAGAAAGGAGAAGGAAACUGGAGGAGUCUGGCAAGGAGAGUCUUGGAGCAACUCGAGUUGAUGCUGAGGCCCUGGUGCAGGAAUUGAUUGAGAGCACAGAUCUGGGCACCAACGACAGUGAGGAGACAUCUGGAUUGCAACUCUUAGUUCAGAAGGAUGGUACCAUGGCAUUGAGAUGAUGAUGGCAGUUUGCAUCAACUCCAAAAGUUUGUUCUGUCAAGUGGAGGAACAUUCUUUGAUUUAUUUUCCAGAUCGACGUCACUGUCAAAAUUGACCCUUGCAUUUCGUCAUCACAGCCAGAUCAUCAUAGUCGGCAAACUAAUCAGGAGAAAGAUUUCAAGACAGAUGCUCUCUGAUUUUGUAGGAAGGAUGUUUUUGUUUUCCUUCUGACGUGUUGUCUGGUGACUUUUUGUGAAAUCUGUACAACCCCUAGAUUGCAGAUACUUUCAACUGUGACAAGUUACAAGAACAGUAUGACCAUUGUCUUGCCUGGAUAUGCCCGAUUUGAGCUUAGUAAAAUGAUGGUUCCUGUUGUGUCUUGACCACACAGCGUUGCUGAAACAUUCUGCACAAAAUAGGUGGCGAUUUUUGUCAGAAGAGAGGUUUUCAUGAAUCUUGCUAAUUCUUAAGAUUAUAAUAGCUUUCUGAUUUGUCCACUAUCUUUUUAUGUAAAGAAUAGACAUAACUGUUCUAGAAAUCUUUAUAAAAUGUUUAUUUAAAUAGGUUAGGUAAGCUGGGUUUGGGAUUAUUCAGUCUGAUUUUGAACUGCUGUGAAGCAUAGUUCUGUUAGUUACAUGAGGAUGUCAGUAAGAAAAGAAUCAAAAACUUGGUUGAAAGAUGGCUCAGAGAUUCCACUAACCUAUCUUGCUGCCUCUUUACAUGAAGUUUCAGGGAUGUCAUUGUCAUUGUUCAAUCUUAUGCACUAUGUUCCUCUGUUUGCUGGGUUUUUUUCUUCUUGACUAGGAUACUUUUGUUUGUUGCACAGUUGCUGAAAUGUUAAAAUUGCUUCCAUGCCAGAAAUGUCAACAAACAUAUACAGUAAUAGCUGAAAAUGUGCAGCUUGCAGAGUUUUAUACACCAGGAAGUAGUGAAGUAUCGGCCUUGCUGUGUUUGUGCUUUUGGUAAAGGAAUAUCAUUGUACUCAACAUCAGCCAUCAUUGAUGAUGCAAAGUAGAUUAAACUUUUUUCAAUGAUAGAAGCAGACGUUUGCAGGAUUUAUUGCCUGUAAGUGGACCAUAUAUUUGGGGAAUAACUCCCUUGUCAGUUGUAUGUAAUUAGUUGGUCAGUGGCUAUAGUAGUCGAAGCAGAACAUAUUUAUUUAUUUGAAUCAUCAUAUGAAAGACUAGAAGAUAUAUAUAUUAUUGUAGACUUAGAUAAAUUUUACAGUAUGGGCAUUUUGAGGUGAAAAAAAGUGCAAGAGAUUCACAUCUUCAUUGGAAAUGAACAAGAUUUUUCAAGAUUAUGUUUAACUGCAUGAGAUGUUCCUGAUGGAUGUGACAUCAUGACCUUUGACACAGAUAUAGAUAAAUUAUUGUGUAUUAUCAUGAAAAUUAUUUAUCUUUGAUGAGAGAUGAACUAUAUUGUUUAUCACCUUGAAGAUCCAUGGCUUGUGGAAUUAUGUUGAAUACUAAAAUACAAGAAUUGUUGACUCUUGUUGAUCAUACCUAUUACACUUUAUACUGAAAAUUCCGAACAUGGGAAAUACAUUUAUGAAGAUUCCUUGACCUUUGGCGAAGGUGAGAACAGUUUACAGCAUUGUGUUUUGUCUUAAAGUAUGGUCAGUGCUUGCUGAGUGCUAAAUUCUUCUUGUUGUCAAACAGAUUUGUGACCUAUGGUAACACAUGACAUGAUGACCUGCACAUAUCGUUUUGACCUUUGUUUUUUCCCCCUCUCUCUCUGCCAGUGAUGCUGUGUGUGAUGCCUAGACUGCUGUGGCAUUUAGAGUUUGUUUACCGUUAUUGCAUACAUACAGUGUGAUCAUUAGCUGUAUCAUUAUAUUUAUAGUUAUUUGAGUUUUCCUUUGCCAGUGGUGAUUUAGCUGAAUGAUGAAUCCUGUCUGUUUUCUUACCUCAUUGCAGUUCUCCUAGCGUUUAGUCCACCCCAUUUUUCUUCCUCCAAAACUCCAUAGCUAGCUGCAAGUUUUAUAAAGCCUUGCUUAAUAAAUUGCACACUUAUUUUUCUUGAUGGCUCUUUAUCUUUGAGCAUGAUUAUAGAGUUGUGUGAUGGCUGAAACACCUGUCACAUUUUAUAUUUGUAAAGAGAGGGAUGCACCAUAUACCCUAUGGUUGCUUGGCCCUGUGGAAGGCAUUGUAUAGUUUCAAUACUUUGGUGACCUCAGUAAUAGUAAUUGGUGGCUGUCCAGUUCCUCCUGUAAAGACGCUUAUGCUGCAGUCCAUACAUACAGAUAUCUCUUGGUCUUGCCAGGCUAGCCGAACCACCCCUGUUCAUCCUUUUGCCGUCUGCAGAGGGAGUCCUCACCAAGUCUUUUGCAGCAGGUGCUGAUAAUCUGAUGAUAACAGGAACAGAAACUUGCCACUACCGUAAUAGCAUGUAGAGUCUGUGCCAUCUUACAUCUUGCUAGCAGCACAACGCAUCAUGUUGCCAUAGGUAACACAGUAAGAAUAAAGUUCCUAUUCAAACUCUCUUUCCCGUCACUUCUUCAGCUUUGCUUUGAAUAUCUUGGAAGCAGGCCAUCAUGAGGCAGUUGUGGAUAGAGGAGAAAGGGCUGGAGGCCAGAAGUAGUUGAAGAGUUACAGGCUAGUUCAGUUUCUUGCCAGAAUCCGUUGCAAAUUUGUGGCUUUUGCAGUUGCAUUACAUGUACAGAUUUUCAGAUCAGCAGCAUUGUUACACUGUAACAGGAUGCUGCUUUUGUCCCUCUUGUGAAGGAAAGCAUCUACAUAUGCAAAUCCAAAACCUGGUUGUGCUGUAUGCUGGCAUUGAAAGUUCCUAAUCUCUCCUAUAGUGUGCAUACAACGUAGAAUGACCUACACAUUGCUUACCUGUAGGCAGCCAUUUCUGUUAUGCUUGAUGCAAAUGUGUCAUUGUUCUCUUGAGUAAUAACUAUGACUGUUGUUAUUUUCACCAGAAUAUAAGAACUGUUAUAAAGGCAUUUUUUUUAAAUUCUAAUGCAGAUGGUUGGUUAUGUGUUUUACAUUAGGUGAUUGUUUAUUUUCAGGAAAAUACAAUAACUUAGAUUUUUGUGGUUUAAGAUGACUGUUUUCCAAGGCAGCAAGAUUCAUGCAUGAACUAUUCCUGAACAAGCAAAAAAAACAAACAUUUGUUGUAAGCAGAUAUGAAGAUUGAUGAUUCUUCAUUUUUCUUUUGUUUGUGAUUUUGUGUUUUAGAAAGGGAUUGCCCUGUAAAUGAGCUGGGUCAGCAUGGAGGGUCUGAUAAUCCUUACUCUUGUGCUGUGUAUUUUGUGUGAAUUUUGUUUGUUCUAUGCAACAGAAUCCAUGACUUGGACUUUUGAGUUGGAGGUCCGGUGACGAAACUGUCACCAAUACAGUAAAAGUUGGCUGUCUUGGGUUCAGCUCUUGUCUUGGGCACGCUGUUCUUUCUCUGUAUGUGGCAUUUGUUUACAGGACUGGCUGCCUUUGCCAUAAUAUAGCCUGAGCUUGGCAUAAAACACUAAUCCCUUUCGACUUUUUGGUUAGUUAGUCAUUCAGACCUAGGUAGUGAUAAUGGAAAAAAUACUUACAUGACAUAUUAGAAGAAACAAAUGUUAUGAUAUUGUGUGCCAGAAGAUAUUGCAGAGCAGCAGAAACACAGGAUGAAAGUGGAUGUGUUCAGUUCAAAGCCCUGCUGGUAAAUUUACUGGUGUGUCAGAUUUGAGCCCUGUGCUGAGUCGUCUUGGAUUACAGAAAUGCUGUAGUCAUCUCACUAAAUAUCAACUUUUUUAAAGGGAGAACUCACCCUAAAUCCCCUUUAUUUCCAAUUUUGAAACUCACAGUAAGAAAUAACUGACUUUUCAUAUAUCUCGUCAUCGUAAAAGUUAGCAUCAAUUAUCAUUUCUUAGUGUCAGGAAGUAUCAUAAAUGAAGCAGGGUAUGGCUCUAUGUAUGUGUGUGUGAGAGAGAGAUUUUUUUUAAUGGUGGCAGUUGAAAUUUGUGCAAAUUUACAGUUUGUCUGAUUUUCACCAAAUUUAACUGAAGUAUUCCUGUCAUCUAUGGUUUGGUCAUGGGCUAUGGUUGUACGUUGUUCCAGAGCAUAUUAUGUUUAUUGUCAAUGUUCUAAGAUGUUAUCAUGGUGGGUCCAAAGGAAAUACAAUGCAGAAGAUAUUUUGGCAUAAACCUGAUAAGCAAAGCUACUUUUGACAGUGUUGUAAAUUGAGAAAGUAUCCUAUCCCAUCAUAGAUGCACACAAUUAUUUUUUGUUUUUUUUGAAAGAACACACAAAUAUUUUAGAUCUGAUCUGCAUCAGAGUUUUGUUCAUGUAAUCCAGCCACACUUAUGGUCACUUACAAAGAUUUUCUUUUGCCUGCUUGAAUUUAUUAUUAAUAAAGCUUGUGAGGAAUGAAAUUAUUCUCUGGGUGUCAUAUAAUUUCACUUUGAGUUUUGGUGCAGUCAUUUCAAAUCAGUCACAGCACCAGGCUUGCGGUUCAGCUCUCAUGUUAAUGUGAUGAUAUGCAUACAUAUUGCUUUUUUGUGUUUUCACAGAAACGCUACAUUUUUACUGCUGUUUUACUCAUGGCCUUGAACUUGAUUGUGCGCAGCUUUCUGCUAUUUUUCCAUGCAUGUUCUGUGUUUUAACACCACCAUUAUAAAGUGCAACUGCAAACAAAAAUGCAAAAGAUAGGAGAGAGGAGAGAAAUGAAAAUGCUACAAGAAAAUUCAGGAAGGCAUUAUCACUAUUGUAAAUUAUUGUAAAAGAUUUGGUUUGAAAACUCACAGGUCUUGUUUAACUUCAUGUACAAUAUUAGAUAAAACUUUCACAGUUGUGGUUGGUACCUCUAAGUAAAGACAUCUUGUUCAGUCUGGUGAGGAAUUCAUACAGAAAACAGCCAGCGUUUCAUCCAUUACUAAGACACAAAACAUGGAAUUAUGCAAGCAAAAGAUAACUUCUGUAGUCCUAUUCAAAACCACUAAAUUUUUAAUCUUACCAAAGAAUAGAGCUUUGCACAAGUUCACAGCUGUAAACCAUCCACACUUGCAACUGUGUUUCCUUGUAAAUACCAUUAUGCAUUGUUUCAGCCAACCUCUGUGAAAUUUCAGACGAUUUGUAAUUAUGUAAGGUACUUUUUAGCUGCAGUGCAGAUAAUCUUUUCCACAUGCAGUCCGUGUUUUAAGAUAUCUGUACAUAUCUUGAGUCAGUCAGAGAGGUGUGGCACUUGUAAGAAACGAUUUUAGAAUGUACAUUUUUAAAAUUUGCUACCUUCAGGGGAAAGCUGCAUAGAACUUAUAUGAAAACUGGACUGUUGGCUGUUUGCUAAGACCAGCACUUACCCUUGCACAGAGUUGUAAGCCCUUUGACAGCCAGUAUUUGGAACCACAUUGAAAUUCAUAAUUUUAUUUGCAGACUUACAAUAACUGCAUUGCUUAGAUACCUUUCAACUUAUUUUUAUCUUUUUGGCAAGAAGUCAUUGACCUUCCCAUCCCAUGGCUUAAAGCUAAAAACCUGAAAUCACAACAGACUAAAGAUUGUGUUUUUGUACCUCCAUCGUCACAAGAGCUUACAUCAUUUGCUCUUCAUGUUGAUUGUGAAUCAGCAAGCCCACUUGGCUUGGGGCCUCACUCAAAAUGAUAACUGGGAAAGUUAGUCUGCAAGCAGUCUUAGAUAAGAUAAACAUCUGUGGUAAUAGGGAUGGCAUACCUGCAGUGAGGUGCGGGUGUGUAGCUAGCCUUGCCUUUAUGCAUCCGAGAUGCAUUUGGUUUGGUAAAGUUGACAGAGUUCUUUGUGUACAUAAGGCACUGAAUGUGUGAUGUGUACCCAGAAUGCAAAGUUGAAGGCCACAUAGUGAUGGUGUGCAUAGCCCAAGAGGGACACCUUUCAUGAUGUACAGAGUAUGGUUGUAGUUUUCAUGAUGCAUAAACCCCAUUCUGUCACCAGUAAAAUCGGCUUUCAGUUACAGCUUGUGCAUUUUAUUUUGAGCUAAACUGGCAGGUUAUCUUAUGACCAUCAAACUGCAACUUCUGCUUUUCUUCUUAAAUUUUAAAUGGUCAGUAUCUGACCACCAUAUGACUUAAAAAUUUCUAUAAGCCUUGUAAGAGAGAGACAAAAGGCCUAGGUGAUGUUAAAGUGGAUUUUCUAGUUAGCUACUUUGAGUUGUAUCCAAUUAUGUGUUUUAUUUUUGUUUUGUUUUGGUGUGUAGAUAUUCAACAAAUGUUUUCAAUUGAGUGCUGUAAUUUUUUGCAUUUGAGCGAGCUCGAACAUAAGUGGAAGAAUUUAUUUUUAUUGCUACUGUUUGGUUCAGCAUAUAUUUAAAUGUUGUGCGAUACUGAGAGACUUUAGAGGUAUUGUCUUUGAAUGGUGUAUCAUUCUCAGAAAGUCACUUUCCUUUGUGACUAAAUUUUGUACAAAUAGCUCCGUUUAGUGUUGGUGACUUGUGUUCAAGUACUACCAUGUAACAUUGCUGUGUUUUAUAUUGAUUUUUAAAUACUUUGGGUAGAUACAUUUCUCAUGAUUAAGAGCACUUGGGAUAAAAUAAAUACUUAAGUGCAAAGGUCACUUGAGUGUCAGAACAUUUUGAUUUUUUUAAUGUUUCUUUUCACAUUGAAGUCUUAAUAUAUCUUGGUGUUCUCAUAAAGUCGUUUAGAAGACGAAAGAAUAAAGAGAAUGAGGAAGA